CGGCUGUUCACGACACCACAAAUAAAAGGCGUACAAUUUGUCAUGUCAUCCGAAAACGACUGCUGCUGUCUUCAACUUUGCCUUGCUUGCCUUGCCUUGCUUGUCAUCGUCCUCCCCACCACCUCAGCACUUCUGCACCUUCUCGUCGUCGUUUUUCUCCCUCCUUGUGGCUGCUGUGACACCUGGGGAGUGUGGCGAUCUUGCAGACCAGACCUUGAAAGGGGACAUUUGCUUGCCCUUUGGUGUCCACGCAAAUAGGAAGAACAAUGGCGGAACAACCCGUGGGAUCGAGCCAAGCAUGCGUGCUUGUCUACAAUGCUGAAAGCAAGAAGUGGGCCGCCCAAGGCCCAAACAACGGCACAUCCAAAGUGACCCUCUACCACAACCCGGAUUCCAACACAUAUCGCGUCGUCGGUCGCAACCUGCAAGACAAGAGCGUUGUGGUCAACUCCAACAUCCUUCGAAACACGACGUACAACCGCGCAACAGAGACGUUCCACCAGUGGCGGGAUGCGCGCGGUGUUGUGUAUGGCCUCAACUUCACAUCAAAGGACGGUGCAAACAGCUUUGCUUUGCAGGUGGAGGCUGCCAUCAAGCACCUCAACAACCCAGACGCCAAAGUGCCGCCAGCGCCCCGCGUGCCUGCACCGAAAGCGCCCACGCCCACACCAUCCGACAAGCCAUCCCAGCCAACACCAGCACCACCAACCUCCAAGCCCCCCGCUGGCCCGCCACCAUCCGGCCCACCAUCUGGCCCACCACCAGCCAAGCCGCCCCCUACAAAGCCCCCGCCCUCUGGGCCCCCACCAGCCAAGCCGCCUCCCACCACAGCGCCGCCAGCGGCACCGCCAGCGGCACCGCCAGCAGCAAAGCCACCAUCAGGGCCACCACCUGCUGGGCCACCACCCUCCAAACCCCCUGCAGGGCCCCCGCCAUCCAAACCAGCACCGUCAGGCCCACCCCCGCCCCCAUCAGGGCCACCGCCUACCACAGCUCCGCCGCCACCCAAGGCCCCACCAGGGCCGCCCCCGCCGCCGGCCACGAGUGCGCCCACGCCGCCACCAGCACCACCACCGCCACCGACGACGGGCGGGGGCGGGAUGGGGCACAAGGCGCCGUCUGCAUCGUCGCUCGCAGACCAGCUCAAGACGGUUCAGCUCAAGACAAACACAAACGGGCCAAGCAGCAACGACACCGCGGCCACCAACAGCAGCACCAGCAGCAGCAACAACACUACCGCCACCAACAACAGCAACAACUCUCGCCCAAUGGAUAUGAACAAUGAGCUGCUUGGUGCACUCAAGGCGCGGCAAAAUAAGCGAACGAGCGUGGCACAGGGCGCAUCAUCGUCCCCAACGCCCGCGUCAAAGCCAAACCUCCCCACGUCCGCAUCCACCACAUCCACCACAUCGGCCACAAGCACACCGGCAGCCCCAGCACCAAAGCCCAAGGCAAAGCCACCGCCAACAGCAAGGAAGGCCGUGCCAGCCCCGGCUGCCCGUCCAAAGCCACAGCAGGAGGAGAAGGCUGCACCCGAGCCAGGAAAGGACGCGGCAGCGGUGGCGCAGAGGGCGCACGCGCCGAUCCAGCCGCUCCAAUCACGCGGGCUGAUCUUGAACGGUUUAAGGAAGAAGUGCGAGCAGAGAUUCAGCAGCAGUUUGCAGCGUUCAAGGCAGACAUCAUCAAAGCCAUUCAACUGGAGCUGCUGGGAGGAAAGGGAGCUGAGGCGUGAGCAGCGAAGAGCUGUUGGAGCCACACACCACCACGUCCAGUGCCUUGUAACCAUCCUCUGCCAUUCAACUCCCAUCCCUGUGUGACAUGUUUUUCUUUGGGAGCUCUGGCCAGCGCUGACCUGCUGCCAGUCAAAUGCAUCCUGGCAUCUUACAUACACACACACACACACCUCCUCCUCCAGGUGCUCUGUUAUGCACUGUACCAUUCUCUCUUUCGUGUUCUGUGCCCGGUUUCCCUUUUUUGAAGAUGUGCUGUAUCCACGGUAAUUGCUUUGUCGGCUCUCUGUAACCCUGUGCUGCUUGUGUACUUGAGUACUUUGACGUGUUUUGUUCACCCAGCGUGCCUCCUCUUUCUCUCUUUUCUGUUUGUUCGGCGCGUAUGAAGAGACAAACCAUGCA